UGUCAAGUCACCAAAUGUCAUUAAUAGUUGAACGUUUUCUGCGAGUGAUUUUGUUCGGCAUAUUCUGGAUUAUUGAAAGUUCAAUGAAAUAUUGUUUUAUGAAAUAUGUAUUUCUGAUGUAGACAAUGGACGCAAUCAAAAUGAAGUGUUUGAAUAUUUUAUUGUUGUUAAGUUUGUGUAUUACUAAUGCACAGGCUUCAACACAUUGGAUGGUUACUGAAACUGGACUUAUACAGCCAAGGAUUGAUUCACCAUUUGAAAUGCAACGGCCUUAUGACUUAUUAGCGUUCCUAAACCAAGACACAAGAUGGGACAACAUAAUUAACUUGUACCAUGAUCUGCAAAAAAGACAACAGAAUAUAGAAAAACUUUGGUCUGAUCUGGAAAAAGCUGUUGAUUUUUCUACAAUAUUGACAUUGGACAAACAUUGCGUAAAGGUGGGCCAGUUGACUUCCAUAGAUUGGUACGCAUCAUUUCUAGAAGACGGAAAGUCAAAGGGUAUUGCCGAUGAAGAGUAUAUGUUACAUGAUAAUAAUUAUGGUGAUACUGAUGUGCCUGAUUGCAAGAAAUUGUCUUCACUGACAUUUAGUAUGUUUACUUUCGAGCAUUUGCAGGGUAUGAUACGGCGAGAAAAUCUCACGGCGAGUCCAGAGCUAUCAUUACCAGAGCAGAUUGCUCCUAUCAUGACGGUAGAUCCGUUUGGCCAUUGGUUGGCUACUAUAUUAAGGAAAAAUAGUUCAUCAUGGCUGCAUUAUAACAUGGCCUCUUUAUAUUGGAGAGUGAGAGGGAAUGCACCAAAAGCAAUGGAGUGCAGCCGCAGAGCUGUGCAUUAUGCACCAAGAGAAUAUAAAGACGUAGCCCUUUUAAGUAUGGGCUCAAUACUUCAUCGGAGUAAAAUGCCAGAGGAUGCACUGAUAAUCCUCACUGCCGCAUUGGAUCAUGAUGUGGGGCAUCCAUAUAAUCAUUUUGCAUUGGCCAAUGCAUAUGCAAUAGUUGGCGAAUACAACAACUCUGUAAAACAUUUUGAAGAAUGUCUCAAACUCAACCCUACUUUUGAAUUGGCUAAGAAGCACAAGAAUGCUGUUUUGUGUCAUAUGUUUUUCACAGAGAAAAUGAAAAAUAUUGAAGAAACUUUGAAUAAAUUACGUGAAGAGUUAACAGAGUUCAACAAUAAAGAAGUGGAUUGGCUUAAAAGUCAAGCUGCGUUUUUAAGGACUAUGAAACAUGCAGAAGAAUUUGAUUAUAGAGACGUUGAAAAAAACUGUGUUAGAAUGACAGAACUAACUGGUCUUAAUAUAAACGAACUGAAGCACCAGGGUGACAAGAGUUCACUCAUCAAAUACUUCUUAGACAGCCCCAUGUAUGAUGAGAAGUGGUUCGAAGUGCGGGGCGUGGAUAUCAUAGAGUCAGCAUACAGUUUACAGAGACUCGUGAAUCAUAUCAACAAGCAGGCACACAUGGUGUCCAGUUUUGUGAUACCGUCUGAUCAGUUCAGAGUGCAAGACGGUAAGAUAGUCCGGGAUCCACAGAUGAUGGAUUUGUCAGGAAAUGCACCUGAGAAAGGGAAACCAGUGGCCGAGUCAGCAGAAGCUAAAACAGAAUCUCCUAAACUUAGCGAUAAGAAAAUUGUACAUAAGGAAAAUCACAUCUCAGAAUUUGACACGGGUAUUAUAAUGUACCCUCCUACAAUGAAGAUUAACAGAUACCAAAAAGACUUUGAUGUAGAGACUGAUUGGCCCUCAAGCCGACAAUGUAAAGAAUCUGCGUCUAGUUUGCCGGAAAAUAUUGAGGCUAUAUACCCAGUGUUUUUGCCCUUCGAAAAUAAGGGCCUAAGGAUAAGCUCGUUGUUGAGCGACAAGAUCGGCGUGCCAGCCAGCGUCGAGUACGAACUGCCGUGGCACCCGCCCACAUGUCCGAACGACAAAGACGCCGCCGCCUUCACACAGAAGAAGGGACAGAAGCCGCAGUUCGUCAGCGAAGUGGUGGCCACAAAGUACUUGAGGGAGAAACUUCUAGAAUAUGUGGGAGACGGCGAUCCCGAGUUGGUUAGGAAUAUGCAGGAUGCCGAGAUCGGACAAAGGAUAUAUGCUGCUAUGCAGAUGAAAUUAGCACCGAAAUGGUUGCUAUACACGCUAUCAUCUCUAUACUGGCGAGUUCGGAAUAACAAUGUGAAUGCACUGCACUGUCUACUAACCGCCAGUAGGACAGUGGAAACAAAGUACCGAGACAUUGUGCUGACUUCACUAGCCUCUGUCUACUUGGAGAUGGGAUACUUUGAUGAAGCUCUCACAGCAGCGGAAGAGUCUUUCAGACUGAGUUUGUAUGAGCCAGCCACCAACUUCGUGUUGGCGGAGCUGAACAUGGUGAAGAAGCACCGCAACACGCACCUGCUGCACCUGAAGCAGGUGGUGAGGGUGGAGCCGCGCUACCUCGGCGGGCUGGCGCGCGGCCUGCUGCUGGGCUGGGCCUGCAUCCUCAAGCAGGUCGACGUGCUGCACGAACUAGAGUACAGCGAGGGCGAUAUUUGUACGCAAAUGGAGCCGGGCAUAAGCAUGGUGUGUGAAAAGGACGGCAGCAAUUGUCACGUGGCGAAUAUACACUGUUUUAGUAACCACGAACGGGAAAGCAGCAGUGGAAUAGUCCGAAUGCUAGAGCUAAAAGACGAUAAUAUACAGGGUGUGGCCAUAGAUGAUAUAGACGGGGCGAUAUUCGACCCUAUCAUAAGCAAUAUGCCGGUCGAAAGGACGGACAAACAGGCGCAUCAGAAAAACUAUGAUGCCAUGUUGAAAAUCAUUGAUAAAGCUGUGAAAGCAUGCGGUGCCAGAGGCUGCUAUAACGUCCAAGCUGAGGACUUCACGCUAAAGGAAGAAGAAUGCUCACAUCAAAAACUACAACUCAGUUAUUGGUUACAUAUUAUUAGCUUUAGGCAACUAUUCAGCGAUACGGAAUUAAGCUUCCCAAACGAGAUAACAGCGAUGACUCCCUCUAACAAGAAAGUGCCUGAAUGUCGCAUGCCGUCGGACGCGAUGGACGACUUCUUCCUGGAACGCGUUUCCAAAGUGGACGGCGAGGGUUGGGAGCCGAUCCUCAGCCUGAUGCACCAGUUUGCAGAGAUGUUCAACUUCUACGACUAUAUCACAUUGGGAGCCAAGAUCGCCAAGUUCAUCGACACUAAGGGCCGGGCGGGGCCGGCGGCGGCGUGGGGCGCGUGGUGGUGCGGCGCGGGCGGGCGCGGCGCGUGCGCGCGGCGCUGCGCGGCGGCCGCGCUGCCCGCCACGCACCGCCGCCACCACGCGCUCUCCGCGCUCGCCGCGCUGCUGCACAUGCAAUCGAAACACCACGAUGGUAGAGAUAUGGCCUAUCUCUCAUUUUAUGCGUCGCCCAAAAGUAAAGUGGAAGCGUUUUUAGUGGCCGUUUCGCAUACUUAUUUGGGGGAUUAUGAAAAAGCAGUGUGGAUGUACCGUUACGCGCUAACAUUUGACGAGAAGUUCUUGCCGGCUAAGGCGUGUCUACACGCGACAAUAUGCCUCAUGCUGUUUGAAGACCAAACCGGGAACCACUCGAGAGACUAACGGACCCAUCAAAGUAACAACGGAACCUACCGCAGUAACAACGGCCAUGAUGAACGCCAUACACGGGAUAUAUUUAAAAUAUAAAAGAGUCAGUAAAGCAGUUGCGUACCGGCGUUAAAUAAUUACAUCAGUUUCAGUAAAAUUAUCAGAAACAUAAAUCAGUCGGUUAAACGGGCGAAAUUAAAAUCGAUUUUGUAUGAUAUCGAUUGUGGAAAUGGAAUAACCAGAAUAAAGUAACUUUUAUUUUGUUUGGUUUAGUUUAUGGAUUGAUCUGAAGGUUAUUUGAGAUUAUUUAAUUAUUUUGUACUUAAGUGUAAUUAGGGCUGCCAUCACGUGCAUUACUGACGCCGGAUAAACACGGCAAAAAUCCCGGGUUUUGAAGCUUGCAGGAGUUGCAGCAAGUCGUAUGUGUAUACAAUUAUUGAAAUGAUGCCGUUAGUGUAAACAGAUCUGGAAGUUUUUGCGUGAAUUAUUUUUACAAGAACUUGCUAGUCCAAACAUCUCAGAAAUGUGCGCAAAUAUCAAUUGGUUUUUUAACAGUUGUGGAGUUAUUACUAAUAAUGGAAAUUCAUGUGUUUAUAAGCAGGCAAUUAACGUUUCGUGAGUUAGAUGUAUAAAUAAGACACUUGGUAAGGUCGUGACUGCUAGAGUUCCUGUGCUAUUAAACCUAUUAAAACAAUGAUUAAACCUUUUAAAUUAACAGAAAAAAAUGCGUUUCUAUGCUGUUCAUAGAUUAUAGUUAACGGGCCCUAGCCAAAAUGCCUUGCUACAAUCGUUUAAUCUAAUAAAAAAAAUGGAAUGAUAUAUCGAUAAGCCUGUCGCUAGAACGUCAUUCUCGUACACAACGUUAGCUUUAACAAUUGUAGAAAGGUAUUUGGGCUACGGCCCCAGUUCAGUCAGUUUCAAUUGUCACUAUCUUCAGACUGCCCGUGUAUGGCGAUACUUAAUGCUAAUCACGAUUUCAAUAUAAAUAACUGCAGUAUACAUAUGUACCGUCCUUAAUAUUCCAGUUAUCGUGUGCUUCUUUACACAAACGUUCGGUUGUAGUGAUUAUAUUGUCAUUUUGUUUCCGUAGAAUAUAUAACUCGAAUAUACCGAAUAUAUCUGUCGGCUGUAAAAAAAAAUACACACGUUAAUGUGGUUUUAUAUGGGAGUUAAUGGCUUAUUCACACAGUCUUCUGGGGUUCCAUUGUGCUGUGGUUUUUUUUAUGGCGAGCAUCGAUUUAUUUCAACGAAAUUAAUAUUGUUGGUAUAAAAACUCGUUUAUGCAGUUUAUAUUUUUUUAUAUAACUAACAGUGCACGGUUCCGUCACUGCCCUGCCACUGUUCUUGAGUGUGAAUAGACAUUGAUGAUUUUAUAUCGAACUAGUGUUUGAUAGUUUGGCUUCCAUUUUUUUAUUUUUAUGACAGUUUUGUUCUUUAUACUUUUUUUUAGAUCGAACCAUAGACAAAUUAUGUUAUGGGAUCUGGUGUACGUUGAUAUUUGAUUUUAAUUGGCGGUAUAAAAGACUACAAUCGUAAAAAAACAGCUCAUUUAAUUAUAAUAUAUUUUUGAAUUAAUCGUUUCAUAAGAAAAUGUGUUACUAUCAAUCAUUCCUAUAUAAAUAAAUAUAUUUUACCUACCUCCGACUAUUAGCAUUUUGUAAAAUGAACCUUAUAUUGUAUUGUUAUGUUUGCAGGACCAUUUCCUAUAAAACUUCACAUAACUAUACACACUUUCCUUAUAUAUGACAUUUUACGCCGAAAUACAGUUCUUAAUAAUAAUUAAGAAUACCGUAUGUUUAAAUAGUAAAAUACUGUUUAUGGAAUAUAAAACAAAUUUAUGCGAUCAAAAUGGAUUUGACGUGGAGCAACAACUUAUUGUAAGGAUGCAUUGCCUAGAAAAGGUAAUGGCAUUCGCUCUUCUUUAUAAUAUUUAUUACUACUAUGUACAUUUAGACUUUUAAGACUGAUCGAAAUGUUUUUAAAGAAAUAAAUGUUACAACAACGGC